UACGUGCCAGAGAAGGAAGGAGCAAGAAGCAAAGAGAAGGGAGCAGGAAGAGGAAAAAGAGAGGAAGAGAACCAUUGCCAAGAUGCUGAAAGCUCAGCGGCCAGGAGAGUGCCAGAAAUACAUAACAGUGGUGCUAGAUCCAGGUAGUUGUCCUCACAGCCUGCAGCUGCCUUGUACUGACUGUUGUCUCCUCUCUCUGGGGGCCUGACCCGUGCAUCGAUUUCAGUCAUCUUACAGGUAGAAGGUGGCGAGCAGAUCCAUAGUGCUUUGCAGGCUGCCGGUUAUUCCUGUGUGUUUGAGAACCACGCUGUUCCCUGCAGCAUCACCUGGAGGAGAAAGACAGUGACAUCACAGAUGGGAGGAGGAGAUGAAUGGACAGAAGAACCAAAUGUUCUGGUUCUGCUUGGCUUGGAGGAGUUUUUGUCCAUGGUUCACAGCUACAAGCAAAAUGCUGAUGGCUGUGCAGAAAGGCAGAAGGAGACCCUGCAGAGCUAUGUAGCUCAUAUGAUGGAGAAAAUGCCUGGGAGAACUCUGGCUCUGGCAGUAGUUGGAGUAGAAAAUCAUUUCAGGUCUCUCCAAGUUCAGCCAAAACAAAGGCUGCGACAGGCAGCAGCAAGGGGGAAUCAAGAGAAACGGGGAGAAAGGAGAAAAAAAGUGGUUAAGGAUUCUGGCCUGGACUUAUCCAGAAUGGAUGUGAAAGAAGCCCUAGUGGAUCUGCAGCUGAGCACACAAGUCCAAGUCAGCAUUUUUGAGAGCAGUGAGGAGCUUGGGGAGUAUGUCACUAUGUUCACAAAAGCUGUGGCUGAGGCACCAUACAAGCGAGAGCGAGAGAACACAGGGUUCUCUUUCUACUUGGAGAAGGACUGUUGCAGAGGGGUGAAGGUGGAUUCUUCCGGAAAGGGUCUCUUGAAAGUUUGGAAGAGGCAGAUACAGCAAUUUAACCGUGUCAGCUCUGAGAUGGCUGAGGCUAUCGUGUCUGCCUACCCUUCUCCUCAGCUUCUGAUCCAGGCCUAUGAGAGAUGCUCCUCGGACCAGGAGCGGGAGAACCUGCUGGCCAAUAUCCCUGUGCACCGUGGGGAGGGGGUGACAGCCACCUCCCGGCGCAUCGGGCCGGAACUAUCCCGACGCAUCUAUCUGCAGAUGACUUCCCAUGAUCCUGACCUCUGUCUGGAUUUUACUGGCUAGCACGGGGAAAAAGAGUUGUACUGUUUAUUCAGUUAAGUGUUCAGUUUUGGAUUUCACGGGUACCUCCAGGGAAUAAGGGUUUUUACCAUUUGUCUGGUCAAGUUUUCAGUUUUCUUCUGUGAAGAAGUGCUUAGAUAACACUAAUUGAUCCUUGUUUAAAGACUUGAAACAUUUAGACUUUACUGUGGCAGGAAAAAAGUUGGAUAAAGUUGUUGAAUAGCAGGAGUUUACACAAAAAAGAUGGUGAAUAUCUUCCCUAAGCACACAAGUUGCAUACCGUUUGUAGUACUGAUGUUUUGUCUUUCUAUAAAAUAAAUAAUUUUGAAGAAAAA